GACGUCAGCAGAUUGAGAAGCUUCGGAUUGCUUCGGUCCGCGCUCUCGAGCGCACUGCCGAUCAUUCUCCUCCUCCGCCGCCGCCGCCUUAAUCUCCUCCUCCUCCACCGCCAUCGUUUCCUUAAAUCCGGUGCCCGCCUCUCCCCACCGGAGGAUUAUCUCUCAUUUCUUUCUUCGGCUGGUUAUUUCAUGCUCACAUCGAUAAGAUCAGUUAUUCGGGUUGAUUAAUCGUUUUAUCUUGUGUCGAUCGUUUGGACGAUAGAGAGAGAGGAUUGUUUGUUGCACCCGAUCGUCUGUUAUAUUAGAUUGUUAACAUUUUUCUUGUUGGGUCAGUAAAUUGUUGACGUGCGAAAAGAUCACUUGGCCUUUUGCCUUUUUGUGCUUAGGUAGUUGAUUUUAUUUAGUUCUAAUUUGUCGCCCCUGUCCUCGGUUAGAGAGACGUGAUUUGCUCCUGUGUGUUAAGUAGUUCUAGGGUUUAUGCCAUUAGUGAAUUCUUUGGGUAACUAGAAUUCCUGCGGUGGAUGAUUCAAGAGAGCUGUAUACAUAAGUUUUGCAACCAAGAUAUUUUCAUUACCUAGACUGGGGAAAGUAAUCGUUUGGCUAAUCUUCGAUUGAUCUAUGGAAUCGUAGCUUUUAUGUGCUCAGAUACCGAUCUAUUAAUGGUGUUUAUGUCAGAUUGGGAUCUAUUAUGAUAUUUAGGUUAUGAUGUCGUUGCCAUUUUAUGUGUAGUGUUUCAUACUAUGUUUUAAGAAAUAAUGCUUACUUUAAGACUUUAGAGUUUCUUCUUGUUUUAGUAACUUGUCCUAGGGAGAAAAUACUAUGUGAAUUGGGCAAACAAAGUUGACUUUGAUUUUCUUCAUUAGCAAAUUCAUAGAAAGAGUAUUCUACAUGUAUCCCGUGAUCACUAAGUCUAGUUCUUAUGAAAUAUGAGUAGAAUAAGGCUCUUAGUUGAUGUUAGGAAUGUUGGUCUCCUAGUGGGAGCUAUUCUUCAUCGAGGAGAGUAGUGCCCUGAAAGCUAUCAGCUAGAGAAAUAUGGUCCUUGGAAAUUUAAGGUCUAAACUACCUUAUUGCAGUGGAAAAAGAUAAAUAUCCAACCACCUUACCGGCUCACAAGUAUUUCUAGAAAUGUUUCAUAUUUUGGAAAUUUCACCACCCAUGGAAUCCUAGAAAAGAGACACCAUGAACUCUCAAAUACAAAUUCUAAUUGCAAAUUAACCUGCCUAACCUAUAGCAUACUCAUAUUAGAAUUUGUAGACAUGAAUUAGGCUAAAAAAAGGACUCUUGUGGCUAUUUAAAUAUCAACUAAAAAAAGAUCGGCAAAAAUAAAUAUGAAAACACUCCAAAUUUAUAAAUGAUAACCACAUUCCAUAUAGUAUCAUAAAGCUUUGCUCAACUCUAUUAUCAGUACAUCCUUGCUUCGUUUAAGUUGUUGAGUACAUGUUAUCAGUCCUUUAGGAAAUAGGUACUUGAUGUUAAUUAUUAGUUCAUUUAUUGUCCUUUUUCUAUCAAUCUUUGCUUCCAGAAAGUUUGUUUGAUAUUCACUUUCUUUACUUGCAUCUAGCUUUAGAUGUUAGUGUUGAAUUGAUCAGAUUCUAUGUGAAUAUUUCUGGUUGAUAUUCCCUUUCAUUGCUUGCAUCUAGCUAUAGAUGUUAGUGUUGAAUUGAUCAGGUUGUAUGUGAACACUCGAGUGUGGUUAUAUUCACAUUUGCUCUUGAGACUCUUCAAGUCUUCUUUCUACAUGCACCUUCUAAAUGAGUAUGGCAGAUUUGUAUUUGCUCUCAUAAUGCUCAAUCAAGUUUCUACAUGUACCCUCUUGCUGCUUUUGACAUUUUACACAUAUCCAUGCUUAAUUUAUUUUUAUUGCAGAGUUCCACAUUUUGUUUCAUCAAUGCCUGAAGAUAACACUAUAAUUGAAUCACCCCGACGAAGGCAUGGCCUCUUAAGAGACCAAGUUCAACUGGUGAAGAGAAAGGACUCUGAUCGUUAUGAAAUUGUUCCAAUUCAAGAUCCAUUAUCUUUUGAAAAAGGUUUCUUUAUAGUAAUACGUGCAUGCCAGUUGUUGGCCCAAAAAAAUGAUGGAAUUAUUUUGGUUGGGGUAGCUGGUCCUUCUGGUGCUGGGAAGACUGUAUUUACAGAGAAGGUCCUCAAUUUCAUGCCAAGCAUUGCUGUCAUAUCGAUGGACAACUACAAUGAUUCAAGUCGUAUCGUUGAUGGAAAUUUUGAUGAUCCACGGCUAACAGAUUAUGACACUUUGCUGGAAAACAUCCGUGGACUAAGAGAGGGGAAAUCUAUUCAGGUACCAAUAUAUGAUUUCAAGUCAAGCAGUCGCAUAGGAUACAGGACUGUUGAUGUUCCUAGCUCUCGAAUUGUUAUUCUUGAAGGUAUUUAUGCUUUGAGUGAGAAGUUGCGCCCUCUACUUGACCUCCGUGUUUCUGUGACUGGUGGGGUACAUUUUGAUCUGGUAAAAAGGGUUUUGAGGGACAUACAGCGUGCUGGACAAGAACCUGAAGAAAUAAUUCAUCAAAUUUCAGAAACGGUCUAUCCAAUGUACAAGGCCUUCAUUGAACCAGAUUUGCAAACAGCACAUAUAAAAAUCUCCAACAAGUUCAACCCGUUCACAGGCUUCCAGAAUCCGACUUAUGUUCUAAAGUCACCAAGAUCUGUAUCGGUGGACAAAAUCAAGGCUGUUCUUUUGAAGGAACACAAAGAAUAUAGCGAACAAACUUAUGACAUAUAUCUAUUGCCGCCAGGGGAAGAUCCAGAAGCAUGCCAAUCUUAUUUAAGAAUGAGAAACAGGGAUGGAAAGUACAAUCUUAUGUUUGAGGAAUGGGUAACCGACAGUCCAUUCAUCAUAUCACCAAGAAUUACUUUUGAAGUUAGUGUGCGCCUUCUUGGUGGGUUAAUGGCACUGGGCUAUACCAUUGCAGCAAUUUUGAAAAGAAGCAGCCAUGUGUUCUCUGACGACAGGGUGGUUGUGAAAAUUGAUUGGUUGGAACAACUUAAACGUACCUAUGUACAGGUGCAAGGAAAAGAGCGGCCGUUUGUUAGGUAUAUAGCAGAGCAAUUGGGCUUGGAAGGUUCUUUCAUUCCUCGUACCUACAUCGAACAGAUUCAACUAGAAAAGCUUGUGAAUGAAGUCAUGGCAUUGCCUGAUGAUUUGAGGACAAAGCUCAGUAUAGAUGAUGAUCUGGUUUCGAGCCCUAGAGAAGCGCUUUCACGAGCAUCUGCCGAUAGGGUCGCUAUGCGAAAUAAACAUCUUAAAAGUGGAAUGUCCCACUCUUAUUCAACACAAAGGGACAAAAAUAUUGCUAAGCUCACCAGACUUGAAGUCAACAGCAGCAGGUUUGAUGGACGAACACCUGAAUCACCUGCAGUUAAUCGGGAGGUGGUUAACCAACUAUCAGAACAGAUAUCAACUCUGAAUGAAAGGAUUGAUGAGUUUAGUUCGCGAAUCAAAGAACUUAGUUCAAAGUUUAGUUCACAGAAAACUUCCGUGAGCCAACAAAACUUGGCCCUCCAAAAUGAAGCUUGUAAUGGCUCUGUCCCAACUUCGGUUUUUGUGUCUAACUUGGGCAACGGUACCAUUUUGCCCAGUUCAUCUUCUUCCACCCAACUGAAUAAGGAUUCUCCCCUGAUGGAAGAGCUCAUGCUCAUCACUCGAGGACAGCGUCAAGUGAUGCAUCAGUUAGAUAACCUCUCUAAUUUAGUUCAUGAGCAAUUGGCUGUAUUGACUCAGCAAGACAGAAGGGAUAACAGAAGUAGAUUUCUUGACUUGGAUCUUAUUGGGAAGCCAGUUCUCAUACUCCUGGUGGGUGGCAUCAGCUUUUUCCUUUUAAAAAAUCUUAGUAGGAACUGAAUUGAAGGCUCGACUCCAUUUUGGAUCGCACCAGAAUUCUUUUACAUGAGCCUUGGGGAUUGCCACAUCGGUCUUAAUUCAUGACCUUUAAUAUUGCAAUGUUAUCGACUCAGCUUGAAGGUCACACAUGAUGGGGAUUUUGUAGGAGGCACGGUGUUAUUUUCCUGCCUUUUGUUUUGUUUUUUUUCCAUUUCUUCUGCAUGAGCCAUAAAUUUGUAUAUUUAAGAUGUGGAAGUUCCAGAUUCAAAACUAAUGCUGUGGCAAUCUCUCGAGUAUAUAGUUGUAAUAAAUAGUUCUAGCCUCUAAUUACCAAGCGCUGGUGUUUAAUUUACCGAAGAAGGAAAAUGUUCAUGUCUGCUUUA